AGGCCGACCCUUUCGCGAUUUGUUGAAAACGCGACCGACUGCGUGGUGAAAUUUCGGCACCCGAAAAAUUGCUAAAAACGCUGCAAAACCGUGCAAAAAGUCGGAAAAAGCUUUCUCUUUCAAGUGACCAGUGCUACCCCCACGAAUGUCAACAUGUCUCGGUAUAUGCAACGUCCGGAAAAUGCCCUAAAACGGGCCAAUGAAUUCAUUGAGGUGGGCAAGCCGGCCCGUGCCCUGGACACGCUCCAGGAGGUGUUCCGUAUCAAGAAAUGGACCUACACCUGGUCCGAGUCGGUGAUCGAGCCGAUCAUGUUCAAGUAUUUGGACCUGUGCGUGGAGCUAAAGAAGUCCCACAUCGCCAAGGAAGGUCUGUUCCAGUACCGGAACAUGUUCCAGCUGGUGAAUGUGGGUUCGCUGGAGAAUGUCAUCCGCGGCUAUCUGAAGAUGGCUGAAGAGCGAACGGAAGCUGCCCAGCAGCAGUCGUCGCAAGCGAUAUUGGACAUUGACGAUUUGGAUAAUCUGGCGACGCCGGAGUCGAUUCUGAUGAGUGCCGUGUGCGGAGAGGAUGCUCAGGAUCGUUCGGAUCGUACGAUUCUGUUGCCGUGGGUGAAGUUCUUGUGGGAGAGCUACUGUCAGUGUUUGGAACUGUUGAAGGUCAACUCUCAUUGCGAAAAUUUGUAUCACGAUAUCGCGAAGAUGGCCUUCGCGUUCUGUUUGAAGUAUAACAGGAAGAUGGAGUUCAGGAAGCUGUGCGAGAAGCUGAGGAAGCAUCUUGAGGAUAUUAGCAAGGUGAGUUCGCAGACGGCCAAUGUGAGCAUCUCGAAGCCGGAGACGCAACAGUUGAAUUUGGAUACGCGUCUAAAUCAGCUGGAUUGUGCCAUCCAGAUGGAACUGUGGCUGGAGGCUUACAAGGCCAUCGAGGACAUCCAUGGCUUGAUGACUCUGUCCAAGAAGACACCGAUGCCGAAGACGAUGGCCUUGUACUACCAGAAGUUGGCCAUGGUAUUCUGGAAGGCUGGGAAUCAGCUGUUCCAUGCUGCGGCACUGCUCAAGUUGUUCCAGUUGUCUCGGGACAUGAAGAAGAACGUGACGCAAGAGGAGAUUCAACGGAUGACUUCUCACGUUCUGAUUGCCACUUUGGCCAUUCCGCUUCCGUCUGCCCAUCCGGAGUUUGAUCGUUUCAUCGAAACCGACAAGAGUCCUCUGGAGAAGGCCCAGAAGCUUGCCGUUCUGCUUGGUCUGCAGCAGCCGCCGUCCCGCGUGUCUCUGCUCAAGGAUGUGCUCCGUUUGAAUGUGCUUCACUUGGCCGCUCCCCAGUUCCAAAAUCUGUACAAGUGGCUGGAAGUGGAAUUUGAUCCGUUGAAUCUGUGUGAGCGUGUCCAGGGCAUCAUCGAGGAAAUCACCGUCGAUGAGAAUAACCCCUACGGCCAGUACACUCAGGCCCUGCAGGACGUCACUCUGGUCCGUUUGGUUCGCCAGGUCUCGCAGGUCUACCAGUCCAUCGAGUUCUCGCGUUUCCUCGCGUUGGCCAAGUUUUCCACCAGCUUUAACUUGGAACGCAUUCUGGUCGAUUGCGUGCGUCAUAACGAUAUGCAAAUUACGAUCGACCAUCGCAACCACUGCGUCCACUUUGGAACGGAUUUGAGCGAGAGCCAGCGGGAGGAUCACCCGGAUGGUCCCACUCUGCAGUCAAUGCCCUCGGAGCAGGUCCGUUCGCAGUUGGUCAACAUGUCGGUGGUGCUGCAUCGGGCCAUCGCCACGAUCAAUCCCAACCGGCAUAAGGCCGAGCGGGAUCGUCUCCGGGCACAGAUGGUCAAAAGCUACGAGGAGAACAUGGUCAAGGAACAUCAGCGUAUUCUGCAGCGUCAGAAGAAGAUCGAAGACCGCAAGGAGUACAUCGAGAGGGUGAAUCUGGAGCGAGAGGAACUGGAGCUGCGGCAGCAAGAGGAAGUUGCCCGGCAGCAGAAGUUGGCCGAGAUGAGACGUCUCGAGGCGGAGAAUGAGGAACGCGAGAGGAAGCGACAGGAGAACGAAAUCCAGAUGAUCAAGGAGCGCAACAUGAAGGACAAGAUCGAUCAAAUCAAGCAAACGGCCGCCGGUCAGAAGAUCCUGAAGAAGUUCGACGAAGAGGAUAUCAAAAAGAUGAACGCAGAGGAAAUUGCCGCCAAGGAGGCUGAGGAGCGUCUGAAGGAGCGCAAGGCCCACGAUAACAAUCUGAAGUCGCAGGAGAAGAAGAUCGACUACUUCGAGCGAGCCAAGCGACUGGAGGAAAUUCCACUGAUCGAUAAGUAUCUGGAGGACAAACUGGUCCAGGACAAGGAGUUCUGGGAAAAGCAGGAGGCAACCCGCAUCGAGGAGGCCGUUGCCGAGCGCAAGAUGGCCGAAGCCAUCCAGGAGAGGCUGAAGCGCAUGCAACCCGACCGGGAGGUGUUCUGGCAGAAGCUGAAGGGCGAACGAAGCAACCAAUUUGCCGAAAAGCUGAAGGCCUUCAACGUCGCCCUGGAGGAGGAGCGCAAACGUCGCCUGGCAGAGCGCGUCUUCCAGCGGCGUGAAGAACGUCGCCAGAAGUGGCUCAAGGAGAAGGAGGAAGAACGCCGACGAGUCGAGGAGGAGAUUCGCAAGCAGAAGGAGGAAGAAGAUCGUAUCGAGCGGGAGAGACGUGCCGAAGAGCGCCGCAUCGAGAAUGAGAAGGCUCGGCUGAUUAUGGAGAAGCAACGUGCCAGGGAUGAGGAGAUCGAAAAGAAGAUGAACGAGGAAAAAGAACGCCUCAAGGCAAAUCGUGGCGGCGAUCGUGAUCGUGAUCGCGGUGGUGAUCGCGAUCGUAAGGAGGAUUCCUGGAGGGAUCGCCGCGGAGGCGAAACUCCAUCUUCAGCUCAAGCCCCAGCAGCCGAACCCAAGCAGGAAUCGGACUGGAGAACCACCGGACCAAGAGACCGGGAACGGGAACGGGAACCACGAGAGGAUGCACCCAAGAAGGAUGGAGUUUGGCAACCUUCCGGACGGUUCCGAGAGGGCCGUGUCGCUGGUGGGGCUCCUGCUGCUGGUGGUGGAGAGCGACGGGCCGCCGGAGGUGAAGAAUCGGACAACAAAUGGCGUCGUGGUGGCGGCGGCGGCCAGGAUGACGAAGGUAGAGAGGAUCGCGAUGGACCACGUCGAGUUGGAGGUGAUCGUCCACCGAUGCGUCGUACUGACGAUCGGGACGAUCGUGGACCAAUCCGCCGUGCUGGAGGUGAUCGCGACCGUGACGACGAUCGUGGUCCGAUUCGCCGGGCAGUAGAUCGUCCUCCGAUGCGCGAUGGUGAACGAGCCGUUGGAAUGCGUCGCGAUGGCGGCGACCGGGACCGUGGUGGUGAUCGGGAUCGUGGUGAGCGACGGGACUUUGCCGGCCGUGGUGAUCGUCGUGACGAUCGCGGUGGACUACGCCGCGAGGGUGGGGAUCGCGACCGGGAGAACACUUGGCGCCGUGGUGGCGGCGGCGGUGGUGGUGGCGGUGCUGGUGGAGCCCGUGGUGGCGACGAGAGUACUGGUGGCAACUGGAGAAAUACUCCCCGACAGGACCCGGUGGCCAAACCGAAGGAAGAAAAGCGCGAAGAACGACCGAAGGAAGUCCGUACCACCGGCCCGGAUGAGGAUGGUUGGCAGGAUGUAAAGCAUCACCGUUAAGGGAGUACACACACACAAAACCUUAGCGGCGGAAACAUUUAUCCAAUUAAAUACUUGAACGUUAUUUUUUCGUUAGCUGUACCUUUACAUUGUUUUAUACAGUUCAUUUAUUUUUUCGAGAUAAGUUAUAUUAAAAUGGGCAAAGUGGUUGCUCCGACUUGAAGCGGAAUCGGUUUUAGGAACAAGUUUGAUCUGCUUUUGUCUGAUUUGAUUUGAUUCAAUAAUGGGAGAACCAGUUUGCUAAUAUUACUAUAAUAUAGGAACGCUAAACUGGGGACAACUGGGGGAGAAAUUGAACGCAGUGAAUAUGAUGAUUAGGAGGAAGCACAUACCACUCUUAUACACUGAUUAAUAGGUAUAUGUUAAAUAUAAUAGUAUUAGAUAUUCGAUUGAAAGCUACUUGAUGGAUUGAUGACGCGAUAGCAAGGAAACAUUUGUCUUGCAUGAACACUUCAGUCUUCGCCUUGCAAGAUCUAAGAUUUAAACUGGCUGGCAAAACACAUAAGUAAUAUCCUACCUUAAAACAAGUCUAUUAAACAUUAUCUUCAUAUCUAAUCAUGAACAAACAAAAA